AUGCCUAAAAAAGUCGUCUACCACUAUGCCUUCUUACAGAUUUUCUCUCUUCUCGUCAGCACGAUGUUCCUUUUAUGCGACAUGGGGAGGUUCCGAAAUGGCUCGAUCUCGAUAUUCUUCUUGAACGUCUUGUCUGAAUUUGCCGUGGCAAACGUUCUGGCAAUAAGCGUCUAUUUCAGCUUGCAACCGAAUCUGUCGUGGCUAUUACUGCUCUACUUUCAUCUCGUUCUAUCGUUCGGAUGUCUCAAUUCAUUCGUCAUCUCCACCAUCAAUCAGUCGAAAUCCUGCAUCAUCGAAUGGAUCGCUCUGCUCCCAGAUACGGAAAAAGUACCCGGUUUGGAAAGAAGCUGUUUGAUGGAGACAGCUGCUUUUUCGACAUGGAUACUGCAUAUUGGCCUGUACAACAAUAUGGAAGCUGCAGUGGAAGAUUCGGAGCAUGUUACGACACCAGGAUCCUCCAUAAAUGUAUUGGCGAUUGAAGAAGCUCAUAGAUUGGAUGAAGAGCGUGUGGUAGCUUCUAGAGAUGGGGCACAAGACGACCUUGAGUUUCCUUCGAUGAGAACGGCUUCGCCCUUUUAUCCUGCGCUUCCCCGAGCUGAAAUCAAUCAAUCGGAUCACCGACCAUCUAAUUGCGUGAAGCCCAGCGGACAGGUUCAUAUGGCUUCCCUCGUGAUGCCGAUCAACAAGACGCAUAGCAUGAAUGACAGUGAACUGCGGCAAUGGCGGGCCGGCAUUGCGGGCUUCAACUCUAAUAAAGUACUGGGUGGUCAGCGUCGUGCACCCGAAGAAGGCAAUCAAAAGCUGCAGCAGCUAACUCACAGCGAAGUGAAGAAUACUUGGAUCAUC